AAAAAACCCAUGGAGUAAGGUCUGGAUUUGAUCAUAAUUUCAAUCAAAUCAACGGUCUAGAACACCCUAGUACCAAGAACGGUCACACCCCAUAGUCAUACUUAAAAUUUUUGGCAUUUUCCAGCCACCACUUAAAAAAAGAGAGACAAAAAAAAAAACCAUCAUCCUUCGAUUCUGUUUCACCAUUCUUUUUCUCUCCCAAUUUCGCAGAUCUUUCGCAGCCUUUUUUGCACACAUGAGUAAGGGACCGGGACUCUUCGUCGAUAUCGGCAAGAAUUCCAAAGAUCUCUUGACCAAAGAUUAUACGUCGGAUCAGAAGUUCACUGUUUCCACCUACACUGGCGCUGGAGUGGCCCUCACUUCAACUGUCCUUAAGAAAGGAGGACUUUCUACCGGGGAUGUUGCUGCACUAUACAAGUACAAGAACACUCAAUUUGAUGUCAAAGUUGGUACUGACUCUAACAUCUCAACGACACUUUCAUUCACUGAGAUUCUUCCAUCCACUAAGACUAUUGUGUCUUUCAAAGUGCCUGAUUAUAACUCUGGCAAGUUGGAGAUUCAAUAUUGCCAUGACCAUGCAACAUUUACAACGACAAUUGGUUUGAACCAGACACCAGGCGUUGAUGUCACAGCAACGAUUGGCACGCCCGCUAUUGCUUUUGGUGCAGAAGCAGGUUAUGAUACCUUCUCUGGCAAUUUUACAAAGUACACUGCUGGUAUUAGUGUGACAAAACCAGAUUCAUGUGCUUCCAUAGUUCUGGGAGACAAGGGAGACAGCAUAAAAGCAUCGUAUGUGCAUUAUCUGGACCAGCUGAAGAAGAGCGCCACUGUGGGCGAGAUCAGCAGAAGGUUUUCCACAAAUGAGAAUACAUUUACUGUUGGAGGGGCCUAUGCUGUUGAUCAUCUCACACUGAUUAAAGCAAAGCUCAACAAUCAUGGGAGGCUUGGAGCACUGCUGCAGCAUGAAGUUGUACCAAAGUCAUUGCUGACAAUCUCUGGUGAGCUUGACACCAAGGCCUUGGACAAGAGUCCCCGCUUUGGAUUGGCUCUUGCGCUAAAACCCUAACUGGUUCUUAGCCAUUCAAUGAUGCUUUGAGGAUUUGAUGCCUUUAAAAUUUUUUUGUGGUGAUUGAAAAGGGGUGUCAAUAAGUAGUUCCACAGAUGAUUAAUAUUCAUUUCUUGGUUCUCAAUGACUCUGGAUGGAUGAUUGAUACUUUAGGCUUUCCAUGAUUCAAUAUGCAAGUUUCGAGCCGUUUUGACAUUGGUACAUUAAGCCUCGUUUUAUUGAGGAUUUCAUUUUUAUUGGUCAAAAGCUUUUUAACUGUCUUGAUUUGCUAUUUCAGUUGCCUUCUUUUAAGUUUCUCCAAUUCUGUUUUAAGUUUACCGGCUACUUCUUCAAGGCUGAAAAAUGGUAGCUGUCAAAAUCCAGGUCCGGCGUUGUGUACCGUGGUCGACUAGGCAUCAUUACCCCAUGGACAAGGGCAGUGUCAUCAAUGAAGGCACUCCCUAGCCUUCUUUCUUUCCUACUCUCCCCAUAUAGCCUCUUGAGAGAUGGUUUUAUUCCUACAUAUCUUCUUUCAUCCCUCCCAGUACAAGCUCAGAAAUCGUUUCUUGCAACCCAGCGAGCAUAUAAUUUAGUUAUAUUUCUAAGGAUUAAAUGUAGAUUGCAAUGUUAUCAAACCACUAAGUUAUUUUGAGGACAAAAAGCAGAAGUUAGAAGUGAUAAACUUCUGUUGUAUAAAUUCAGAAUAAUUCAUAUUUCCUACAGCAAAAAGAAAACAUAACAGUCCAACACCCAGCAAGAAGAUAGCUUUGGUUGAAUUUUUAAAUCAUGCACUUGACCAAUGCCCUAAAAUUGGAAAAGCAUAGGUUUCUCAUAAACAAGAGAAUGCAUUUUUGUCUGAUUCUAAUCAUUCAAACUUGUAAGAAUAAAUCAACGCAAUCAAAUUUUCAGAAUCAGUGUAACUGCUAGACUUCUUUUUUUUUUCUUUUGUCUAGAAAAAUGUUUAGAAGGAGGGGAGGUUAGCCCAUCUCCAAAGCUCCAAAGCCAGGCACACUGCAAUCCUAAUUGGUAUUUACGGAUUCAUUAUAUUUAUUCAUUACACUUUCACCUACGGAUAUAGGAUUUUUCAGACUUUUCGGACUUUCGGAUCAGGGAUUCGAACCUGCGUGCCAAUGGACCCAGCAUUGGCCCCUUAUCACUUCUGCCAAUCCUCACUGGCGUAGCUGCUAGACUUCUUAUACUCAGAUUCACAUCUUCAAGCAAAAUGGAUCACUUCGCUUCACAAUAUUAUCAAUUCAAAAAUGCAACAAAAACACUAAACAAAAACCACCAUAAAAAUAAUUGCAACAUGUAGCAUUAUCAAGUCUACAAAAUCCCAGAUUCCUCAUCGUAUUACCGAUUGAUAACAAAAGCAAAAAAAAAAAAAA